GCGGGACCCGCCACGCGAACCUCGGCAAACGUCACCCCGCGAACCCGCUUCGGCGCCGGCUCCUUCAACAACCACUACCCUUCCCCAGGUUUCUCCGUGGCGGCUACACGGUCCGCCUUUGCAGUGUCCAUGCUCCCAUCAAUAUCCUUUGCUGCAAAAAGACUCACUGCCAGAUCUGUAGUGCAGCCUGUCGCAGCGCAAUUCUCCCGCAGCAACCACUUCAACAGCCUAUCCUCGCUCUUUGCCGCCCGCCCAUCAAUCACUUCUGCUACGUCCUUUGGUCCGCGCAUCAUGUCGGUUCCCGCCUCUCACUAUGCGGCCAAAGGCCAAGACGGUCCUGCACCUGCUCGCCCCAGCUCGUCAGUUGUUCUACUGUCGCCUUCCAACGACGUCCUCCUCCUCCACCGCGUCCAGACAUCGUCGUCGUUUGCUUCCGCGCACGUCUUCCCUGGCGGCAACGUCGACCCUUUCCACGAUGGCGAAGCACCACCAAUUGGAGACCCGAAGAGACACGAAGACAGCGAGGUGUACAGAAUGUGUGCCAUCCGCGAAACAUUUGAAGAAACGGGUAUCCUGCUCGCCAAGAAGGAUGGCAAGCUCAUCGAUGUGCCGGAGAAGGUCCGCGAGGAGACACGCAAGCUGGUGCAUGGAAACAAGAUUAAGUUUGGGGAUUGGGUCAAGUCUCUAGGUGCUGAGCCUGAUACAGCUGGCCUCUUGCCUUUCACCCGAUGGAUUACGCCGUUGCCCAUGCCGAAACGAUUUACGACACAAAUGUACCUCUACAUGCUCCCGCUCACUCGCGGCUCCAACGUACCAUCCAAGAUGCUUAUCCCCACGGCGGAUGGCGGCGUCGAACACACUGCGGCGCUCUUUGGGUCGCCAGCCGAGUUCCUUAGGCAAAGCUUGAACAAGAGCAUCGUGUUGUUCCCGCCACAAGUCUACCUGCUCGAUAUCGUGGCCAAGUUUACCGGUGGCAAGAUGGGCGCGCUGGAAGAAGAGACACGCCGCUUCAUGAACCAGCGCCGCAAGCUUACAGCAUACCUGAAAAAGACUCCUACGGUAGAUACAGAGAAGGGCAAGGAGCACCCGACGGCAAACAUUAGCUGGGGCGAUAAGGUAAUGAGCCCGGUACAUCUGUUGGUCCGCGAGAGCGACAAACGCGUGGUGUUGGCGCUGGAAAAGCCCGGACUGGAGCUGAAGGGUACAGACAGAGGAGGCGAUUAUGAAAGAGUCGUGCUUGUCAACUUUGGCAAGGGCGGUCCGACAAACGUGGAGGUGAGGCUGCGGGAGGAUGUGUUGGAGGAGGAGAGAAAAAAUGGCGGCGAUAAGUCUAAGCUGUAGAGCAGGGUGCUGUACUGUAGAAUAAGUUGUAAUGAAAUAUUCCUCAAGAGGAUGUAUAUAUUUU